AUGCAGCGGGAGAGUCGAGAGGAGUUCGAGAGCCGGGAACAGCGAGUGCGACACACAGCUCGCUGGUGCCGGAUUUCGGCAACGCGGACGCUUUUCUCCGAUGAAAGAAAAUUUGAAGAAGCCUUCUCCAGCGAGAGACUUCUCUACGUCAGCCUCGGCAGCCAUCCGGAAUCGCGAGCUUCUACCAGUCGGCCUCUUUUGCUUGAGCCUCUCCACGGACCUUCUUUGUCUGGGGACACUGGAAGAGAGAGUUUGAGGACGGUGAAAAACCGUUCAAGGAAAACGAAAGAAAAGACAUCUGCCACGCACUUUCCUCUCCCGCUCCCCCCCCUCAACCAUUUUCUCCUUUGCUCUCUUCUUUUCUUUCCUUCUUCUCCUUCUCUCCCCCCUUUUUUGUCGUUCCUCUCUCCUCUCUUGGCUUCUCCUCUGGAGUCGCUCGCGCCCUCUCGCUGUUUCGGCCCCGUCCCGGUGCCUCUUUUUCGUCGGUCGUUUCCCCAACCUUCCUUGUUUCUUUCGUUUUCUUCCAUCGGCAGAGAGAAGUCUUUUUCAUCACGUCUCCAGUCCUUUGCUUCUUCCCUUCUCUGCUCUGGUUCAUGUUAA